AACUUGCACUCCUUUUAAAAGAAUGGCUUCGUUGGAGUUGAAAAAGCUUAUGAUUCUUUUCUGGAAGAAUUUUACUUUAAAGAGGCGGAAAUGUGUGGCUUUAGUUGUGGAGAUACUCAUAGCAGUUUUUUUUGGUCUUUCACUCUUGGGACUACGCAAUGUUCUUAUUUUAAGAAAGAUGGGACCUUUCAGUUAUACUGCGUUUCCUGUCAAUUUUGUACCUUCAUUCAUCGAAGCACCUGUCACUUCUCCUUACCCUUGGGAAUUGGCUUAUGUGCCUUCCAAAAGUACUGUGGUACAAAACGUUGUUGAAAAUGUGAAAAAGGACUUAAACACCAAUAUGCAAGUUGUAGGCUUUUCUUCAGAAAGAGAUUUUGAGACUUAUGUUAAGCAAAUUAAUAACUCUGAAAAGGUUCUGGCUGCUAUUGUUUUUGACCAUGACUUCCAAAAUAGCGAUGAUGCUCUUCCACUGAACGUAAAAUAUUAUUUGCGUUUUAGUUACUUCAAGAAGAACAAAACGCAGAUGAGUAAUUCUGAAUCAGAUGGCUGGUUCACAGAUUCUCUCUUUCCUCUUUUUUCUUUGGAACCCAGAAAUUUCAAAGAGUUAGAUGGGGGCAGUCCUGGGUACAUCAGUGAAGGAUUCCUGCUUGUGCAGCAUGCCUUGGAUAAGGCCAUCAUUCUGUACCAUAGUGGCGCUGCUGCAGAAACACUGUUUAAUAGUGUCAACAUUUUUGUUCAGAGAUUUCCAUACCCAGUACAAGAUAUUGAUGUGUUCUAUAUAAUUGCUAUUAUUUUCAUCCCUAUAGUAGUUGCAUUUAUCUUUUCUAUUAAUCAUCUUACCUUAGUUCAGUCCAUUGUAUGGGAAAAGGAAAACCAAUUAAAGGAGUUCCAGCUCAUGAUAGGACUCAGCCAUUGGAUGCUCUGGACUGCCUAUUUCAUCACAUUCCUCUUUUUCUAUCUUUUUAACAUCAUUUUCUUAUGCUUUAUUUUGUUUAUCAAGAUUGAACCUGUACCAGUCUUCCAGUACAGUGACCCGAGUCUUGUCUUCAUCUUUUUGCUGCUUUAUGCCAUCGCCAUACUAUUCUUCAGCUUUAUGAUUAGCACAUUCUUUGAUAGAGCUACUGUUGCUGUUAUUUUUGGAGGUUUCAUUUUUUUAAUCAUUUAUAUUCCAUCUGCUUUAUUAAUAACUGAUUAUAAGAAGAUGAUGUUCCAGAGGAAGCUGGUUUCUUGUCUCAGCUUUAAUGUUGCCAUGGCACUGGGAUUUAAAUUUCUAGUGGAGGCAGAAUCAAUGAAAAUAGGAAUUAAAUGGAGUAACAUCUUCUCAUCAACCCGACCAGACAAUUUUUUUUUUGCUUAUGUGAUGGGAAUGCUUUUACUUGACUCUUUCUUGUAUGGUGUAGUGGCCUGGUAUAUCGGAGCUGUCUUUCCAGGGAAGUAUGGUAUGCCCAAACCAUGGAACUUUUUCUUGAUGCGUGCUUACUGGUUUGGGGAACAACAUACAGCCAAAAAUGAGACGAUCCAAUAUGAGGAGACAAUUCAGAGCCAAUAUUUUGAGAACGAACCUACCAAUUUGAUGGCUGGUAUACAGAUCAAACAUUUGUAUAAGAUAUUCGAAGAGAAUAACACUGUCAAAAUAGCUCUAAGGGAUUUGUCCUUGAACUUAUAUAAGGGGCAGAUCACUGUUCUUCUAGGACCCAAUGGGGCAGGCAAAUCCACAACACUAUCCAUUCUCUCAGGUCUCUAUCCUCCUACCAGUGGAAAGGCCUAUGUCAAUGGCUAUGAUAUCUCACAGGAUAUGGACCAAAUCAGGAAAUCCUUUGGCAUAUGUCCCCAGCAGAACCUGUUGUUUGAUUACUUGACAGUAUCAGAGCACCUUUAUUUUUUUUGCGUGAUCAAAGGAGUGCCUUACAAGAGCUGCUGGAAGGAAAUUGGGCACAUGCUAUCAGCUUUCAAGCUGCUAGAAAAACAGACUGCAUUUUCAAAGUCACUGAGUGGAGGAAUGAAGCGCAAACUCGCCAUCAUUAUCGCACUGAUCGGGGGCUCCCAGGUGGUGAUAAUGGAUGAGCCAACAUCGGGCAUGGACCCAGCCUCCAGGAGGGCCACCUGGGAUCUCCUCCAGAGCUAUAAGCAGGGCCGCACCAUCCUGCUGACCACCCACUACAUGGACGAAGCAGACGUGCUGGGGGACCGCAUCGCCAUCAUGGUCAAGGGGUCCCUCAAGUGCUGCGGCUCUCCCAUGUUCCUCAAGCGCUUAUAUGGUGUGGGAUACCACAUAGUCAUGGUGAAAGCACCUCACUGUGAUGUUGAAGAAAUCUCAAAAUUGAUUCAUCAUUAUGUACCAACAGCCACUUUGGAAAGCAACGUUGGCACUGAGUUAUCAUUUAUUCUACCCAAAGAAUACACUGACAGGUUUGAGGUUCUGUUUACUACCCUGGAAAACAGACAGGCUGAGCUGGGCAUUAAUGACUUUGGUGCCUCUGUCACUACUAUGGAGGAAGUCUUCCUUAAGGUCAGUCACAUGGACUCACAAACAGGUCUCCAGGCCACCAAGUCUCCAGUCCAAAGAAGCCAAGUGCCUACUCCGAGGCAGAAUACCAAUAUGUCCAAUAAUGCUGAAAGACCACGUUCUCUGACUGAAAAUACUACUGUGUUUAACACUGGGUGUGCCCUCUACUAUCAGCAGUUCCAUGCAAUGUUCCAAAAGAGGCUGUUGUUCAGCAGGCGCAACUGGAAGCUGAUUUUGUUCCAGAUCCUUGGACUUUUAAUUCCCACUGCCUUUCUCUUCCAAGAUAAUGACUUUCAAAGGAUUAAUGAAGAGACAUCCAGACAGAUGAAUUUGAAUGAAUAUGGCCCAACUAUUGUGCCCUACUCUGUUUCUGGGAAUUCUAAUUUAUCUCUAAGUCUCUCAAAGCACCUUGAGAGUAUGCUAACGCCUAAAAACCACAUACUUAGGGAAGUGCAAGGUGACCUACCGAAGUACUUGAAGGAAAACCAAGAGUGUGUCGUUAGGUGCAUUGUUGCACUUUCCAUAGAGGUCAAGUCAAAUGAAACCGUGCUUACUGCCCUCUUCAACAACCAAGCAUACCACUCUCCAGCUCUGUCCCUUUCGGUGCUAGACAACAUGCUCUUCAUGUCACUUUCUGGUGCUCAUGCUUCAUUAACUGUCUCCAACAAACCUCAGCCUGUCCUUCAGAAGAAAAAAAAGCGACAGGUUGAACGGAUUAUAGAUGGACAAGAUGUGGCCAUAAAGUUACAGCUGGGCCUUGCCCUUUUAAUCAGUGGCUUCUGCUUCCUGAUCGUGACUGAGAGGGUCUCUAAGGCCAAGCACAUCCAGUAUCUGAGUGGGGUCUCCACCCUCGUGUACUGGUUUUCCGCACUGCUCCACGAUUUCAUCAUCUUCUUCAUUUGCUGCUGUAUAAUACUGGGAAUAUUCAAGUACCAUAAAGUUGAAAUUUUUGUCAUGGAGUACCACUUUCUGGAAACAAUGUUGAUCUUUACAUUGUACGGCUGGUCUUCUAUUCCCCUCGUGUACCUGAUGAGUUUUCUGUUUUCUGAAAGUACUUCUGCAUACAUCAAACUUGUCCUGUUCAACUACAUCUCAGGCACUUAUAGUAUCCUUGUAGAGCAUUUAUUAAGUGAAGAAACGCAAACCUCCAUGUCCAACACCACGCAAGCCUUGCUGAGCAGCACGCUGCUGCUCUUCCCCAACUACAACCUUGUGAAGUGCCUCAGUGACUAUACUGGGGUCUACAGAGUGAAGAUGCUGUGCGCCCAGAAGACGACGCAACACCUCCUGAACUGCAGUAAAGAAAAUACUGAGAGCAGCAUUUAUUCUCUAGAAAAUCAUAUGAUUGGAAAGUGCUUGCUUAUCAUGGGUGUCCUAGGCUGUGUCUUCCUUAUCUUCAUUUUUGUUUGGGAGAAUGCUUUUUGGAGGUUAAGAGCCUUUGUCCACCAGCAUAUUUACUUUGGUAUCUACAAGAAAUUCAAGAAGGUGAGGUCAAGAAUUGGCUAUUGUCCUCAGUUCGACGCUUUGCUGGAAUAUAUGACUGGUUGGGAAAUAAUGAUCAUGUAUGCCAGAGUCUGGGGGGUGUCGGAGCCCCAGAUUCCACAGUACGUGAACAAACAUUUGACAUCACUGGAACUGGAGCCUCAUGCCAACAAUCUUAUCAGCACCUACAGUGGAGGAAACAAGCGCAGGCUGAGCACUGCUAUUGCCAUAAUGGGCAAGCCCUCCGUCAUCUUCCUGGAUGAGCCAUCAACUGGCAUGGAUCCAGUGGCCCGACGCUUGCUCUGGAACACCGUGGCAAAGACUCGUGAACGUGGGAAGGCUAUCAUCAUAACGUCCCACAGCAUGGAGGAGUGUGAGGCGCUCUGUACCAAGCUAGCCAUCAUGGUGAAGGGGAAGCUCAUGUGUCUCGGCAGCCCCCAGCAUCUCAAGAACAAGUUUGGCAACAUCUACAUCCUGAAAGCCAAGGUCAAGAGUCCAGAUAAAACAGAGAAUUUUAAAAAUUUCAUAUCCGUGACAUUUCCAGGUAGCAUCUUAAAGGAGGAGAAUCAAGGGAUCCUUACCUACUCGAUUCCAAGCAAGGACAACAGCUGGGGAAAGGUGUUUGGCAUUUUGGAGAGAGCCAAAGAGGAGUUCAGUUUAGAAGACUACUCCAUUGGUCAGAUAACCCUGGAACAAGUCUUCCUGACCUUUGCCAACCCUGAUAAAGGUGAUUUUGAAGAAAAGGUGCUAUGAGAUCCAGUUGCAACCAAGUGACUCCUUUAUCUUUCU